CUCAUUUAUUUUAUUGUAUAUCUUUUUACAGCUCAUUGUUAGGUCCCAUGAAGGACCAGAUGCAAGGGACCAGCGUAUUGAUCUUUCAGGAAUGAAUAAUGGAUUCACAAUUGAUCAUCAGGUGAAUUCUGGGAAGUUGAUUACUGUUUUCAGUGCACCUGAUUAUCCACAGUUUCAGGCUUCAGAGGAACGGUACAAUAACCUCGGAGCAUAUCUUGUGCUCCGUGCUCCAGAUUUUGCCACACCAAUGUUCUGCAGCUUUGAGUCUGCGCCUGCAUACUACGACUACAAGGAAGUGAUGGACUCCGAUGAAGAACUUGAUUAUUCUGCCAUGGAUCGAGAUUGAAGAUGCAUGCAUCACGUAUUCUACUUUGCAGAAGACCGGUCGUUCUCACCACUGCAGAAGACCGGAGGACUACCCCCUUUGGCCUUUGCAGCAGAAAAUGGGACACUGGUCACCUCGGGACUGUACAGGAUGAUCAAUGCAAGCAGAGACCCAAGUCAGCAGACAAAAAACACUUUCUGGAACUCGAGAGCACCACCCCGGGUCCAAUUCUUCACCUGGUUGCUCCUACAUGGCAGCCUACAAUGCAAAACAAAUCUCUUCCAGAAAAAAUAUCGUUGAUGUUACUUGUGAUCUUUGUACGGGGCACCUGAGACUGUGGAGCAUUUGCUGUUCUUCUGCCC